AUGCUGCUGUCUUCCCUGAUCUUGUCGUUUCUCUUCGCUCGCAAAGGUGCCGGAUUGCAAGUCACAGCGGGUUCUCCGUGUGAAUCGACCUGUCGCAGAACAUCCACCAACACGACCGAUGCUGUAGUUUGUCUAGAUCAUCAGUACAACUCCCCGCCAGGAACUUAUUUCGAAGAGUGCGUGAAAUGCGAAUUACGAAGCACCUACUUCCGUUCACGUUCCUUCGAAACCCACGACACGGACGUUAAUUGGGGACUAUACAACCUUCGCUAUGCGCUCUCAACUUGUGUGUUUGAUUUUCCAGUGGAAAAGCCAGAUUCCAUGUCAAGCCCGUGCCGGGUGACAUGCGACCAACUUGGGGAAGCCAUAAAGUUCCAUCUGCUUUCCCCAACACCGGAGAACAUGCUUGAUUUCUGCGGAAUGGGGGUCUUCGACGACGGCGUCAUCACCCAAUGUGCUGCCUGUUACAACUUGACAGAGACCGAGAAAUAUUUGGGCAACUUUGUUGAAGCGAUCCGAGAAGGUUGCCACGCAAACCUACCCAACGGCGUACCUUUUAUGCUCGAUCCGAACAAGGUCUUCGAUACAGAGCCUCUCCCAGCAAACACUAACAUCCCCCAGAUCACGGACGGAGAAACAGACAAAAAGAACAUGAAAAACCUCAUCCUCGUCAUUGUCUUACCUAUCAUAGGAUUCCUCCUAUUACUGGCAUGCGCAUGCGGCGCGUGUAUAUUCUGUGUCCACCGUCGCCGACGCAAAUCAAAGAGAAAGAACCAGCCGACAUAUCUGCAUGAGCGAUGGAACGACACGGGCAUAAUGUCACCAGUGCGCAAUCAUCUGCGAAGAAGCUGGGGAGAGCCAUCCCCUUACCAACCCGAAUUCACUGGACCGUGCGCAGAUUAUCCUAACCAAGCCUAUCCAAACACCGCUGCCGAGGCCCCGCAAGACGUCAAGUAUCCGCCAGAGACAUAUGCGAUGGAAUCGACCUCGCAGCAAUAUGCAACAGUGUCACCCAAGUCAGACAUGUCGACGCCCAAAUUAUUCCCGCCCCCUCCGCCUCGCAAAUCAAUGAAUGACUGA